GCAAUCGAGCAUCAAUAUCGAUUACAUAUAGUGUCCAGUGUCCAUGUUGGUUUUGUUGAGUUUUGUUUUGUAGGUUUUGUACAAACAAGUUGUUGGUGUAAAAAUUAAUAAAUAAAUUUUAAAAAGUUUAAUAAUUUACUGAGUGAUAAUUAAAUUUAAAUUUAAAUAAAAAAAAUGAAUAAAUCACCGUUUAGUACACCACGUGGUCGUCAUCAGGGACAAAGUGAAUAUUCACCUAAACCUUACUAUCGUAAACAAAGAGGUUAUUGGAAUAAUAAAAAUAAUAAUUCUAAUUCCACAUCACCAUCGACGACAAAUAAUGAACAAUUAAAUACCAGUGGUUCAAGUGAUGAUUAUAUUCCAUUCAAUAAUAGUUUACCUUCGCCAUUUAGCAGCAGUUUGCCUUCGCCAUCACUCUCAUCUCCGUCGUCAACUUUAUCACCAACAUCGCCAUUUUAUCGUACCCAGAAACAAACAGGACAAUUUUAUGGACAACAUCAACGUUACUCACUUGGUAGAAAUGACAGUCCUGGUUUCAGUCCACGUGGUAAUUUUAAUAAAUCAUUUUCACCAAAAUUUAACCCACGUUACUCACGUGGUCGGAAUUCGAAUCAUUACCAAGGAAAGAAGGAAAGUAAUGGAAAUAAUUACGUACAUGAAUCAUUUUUUGAAGAUCCUUGGAAAGAUUUAGUAGAACAAUGGGAAAAAACCAGGUCCAGGAAUGCUGAUAAUGAUGAGGAAGAUAAGAGUCAGGAUGACGAAAGCUUGAGUCAAAGCAAACUUGAUGAUAGUUCUUUUUGUCAGAGUCAUUUAGAUGAUAACUCAUUUAAUGAAAGCGAUAAGACUGAUUCAGAUAGUAAGGAGGUUGAUUCCCAGGAUGAAGGAGUUUUUCCUCUGUCCCAGGAGGAAAUUGGUGAGGAUAAUUUAGAAACUGGAGAAGGAAAUUCGGAGGAUAAAAUAAAAAAUGACGAAACUGACUCUGAAUCUUGUAAAUGAUGGCUGGAGGUCAUUGUAAUUAAUUUGAUUGGCUAAUAAUCUCUUCAAUGAGACUUUUAUGGCUGUGAUGAGAUUACAGUGUAAAUAUAUUGCCAGUAUGUGCAAUUGUCUCCAAAUAUGUACAUAAUUAAGUAAAAAUUAAUUAAGAUUUAUAUGAGAAUCGAUAUUUUCAUAAAUACUUGUAAGAAAUUGCGUACAUUAUCUCGUUUCUCAUAUUUUGAGAAUUCAUUUUUCUUUUUCUUAUUUUUUUCUCCACUGAAAUUCAAAUUGAAUUAAUUUUUUUUAAAACUAUGAGUAAUUAUAUACUCAGCAAUAAUUUACUGUAAAUAUUAUUUUAUAAAUUUAUAAAUAAAUAAUUAUAGAAACAUGAAAAAUUAUUUUUUAAUAAGAAAUUUAGGGUAGAGGUACCAUUUGUGGCCACUGCUCCAUUUUUGGACAUUUAUUUCUUUAUUUUAAUUAAUGAAAAAGUGUAAAAUAAAAGUUUCAUUUUAGUAGUGGGAUAGAAGUAUCAUUAAACAUAUUUUAAAAAUUGAUUAUGUGAUUGGGUCUUUUACAAAUUAUUUUAUUUUAAUUUUUCAAGUGUCCAAAACUGGCCCUAAAGUGACCAGGAGGUACCUCGACCCUAUUGCAAGAGAUUUUAUCCCAAACAUCCAAAGUAAUUAAUUUUAUUUCCAUUACCAUUUUUGUGUUUCAAGUUUGCAGCCAAUUUUUAAAAAUAAAUUCAAAAAGAUUUUUAAAUUAAAUUCUUUUCAAACAAAUAUUUUUUUUUUAACUAAAAAAAUUUAAGUGACUGGAAAAUCAGUACUUUAAUUUUUCG